AAAAACGCUCACGGUGCCGGUGCCCAACUCAUAAGCAAAUUGAAUUCCUUUAGAACCUCUGGAAUCUGGAACCUUUCAUAUGUCAUACGCAAAGCUCGAAUGAUUGCAGAAGCUCGUUCCAGGGAGGAUGUAAGCCAUACCUUAAGAGUGCUUGUAGCAACAGAUUGCCACUUAGGUUACUUGGAGAAGGAUGAGAUACGGAGGCAUGACUCAUUCGAAUCUUUUGAAGAGAUAUGUUCGAUUGCAGAGAAAAAACAGGUGGACUUCAUACUUCUUGGUGGUGAUCUCUUUCACGAAAAUAAGCCAUCAAGGUCUACAUUGGUGAGGGCUGUGGAGAUCCUUCGUCAAUACUGCCUCAAUGAUCACCCAGUGCAGUUUCAAGUUGUUAGCGACCAGACUUUGAACUUCGCAAACAGAUUUGGUCAUGUAAAUUAUGAAGACCCUCACUACAAUGUCGGCCUGCCUGUGUUCACAAUUCAUGGCAAUCAUGAUGAUCCUGCUGGAGUGGACAAUCUAUCUGCUGUUGAUAUUCUUUCAGCGUGCAAUCUUGUCAAUUAUUUUGGUAAAAUGGAUCUUGGGGGGUCUGGGGUUGGCCAGAUUUCUGUUUACCCCAUUCUCGUUCGGAAGGGUUCCACAUCUGUGGCUCUAUAUGGCCUUGGAAAUAUUCGGGAUGAAAGACUAAACAGAAUGUUUCAGACUCCUCAUGCUGUCCAGUGGAUUCGCCCUGAAGAACAAGAAGGAUGUCAAGUUUCGGAUUGGUUCAAUAUCCUUGUUCUUCACCAAAAUAGAAUUAAAACAAAUCCUAAAAAUGCUAUAAAUGAGCAUUUUUUACCGCAAUUCCUUGAUUUUGUAGUUUGGGGACAUGAGCAUGAAUGCCUAAUUGACCCUCAGGAAGUUCCUGGAAUGGGUUUUCAUAUCACACAACCUGGUUCUUCUGUUGCAACAUCACUUAUUGAUGGGGAAGCAAAGCCGAAGCAUGUUCUUCUCUUAGAAAUUAAGGGUAAUCAAUAUCGCCCAACCAAAAUACCUCUGCAAUCAGUGAGGCCUUUUGAAUAUGCAGAGGUUGCAUUGAAAGAUUUACCUGAUAUUGAUCAAAGUGAUCAGAAUUCAAUUCUUGAGCAUUUGGAUGAAGUGGUCAGAAAUUUGAUUGAGAAGUGUAACAAAAAGGCGGUCAACAAAGCUGAAGCAAAGCUUCCACUGGUUCGAGUAAAGGUAGAUUACUCAGGAUUUAUGACUAUAAAUCCUCAGAGAUUUGGACAGAAAUAUGUUGGCAAGGUGGCAAAUCCUCAGGACAUUUUGAUAUUCUCAAAGGCUUCACGGGUUAAGAAUCGAACUGAAGGGAAAAUUGACGAUUCUGAGAAAUUCCGACCAGAAGAAUUAAAUCAACAGAAUAUCGAGGCUUUGGUUGCAGAAAGCAAUCUGAAAAUGGAGAUCCUUCCUGUCAAUGAUCUAGAUAUUGCACUACAUAAUUUCGUUAGUAAAGAUGACAAAUUGGCUUUCCAUGCUUGCUUGCAACACAAUCUUGACGAAACACGUAGCAAAAUUGCUGAGGGUUCAGACUCAGCGAAGUUCGAGGAAGAAGACUUGAUUGUUAAAGUCGGAGAGUGUCUGGAGGAACGUGUUAAACAAAGGGCAACACACCCGAAGGAGAGUUUCACCUUUAGUGUUCAGUCAGAGGAGUUUAGGGGUAAGCGCAUGGCAGGAACAAGAAAUGCAGCAUCGUUUAGUGAUGAUGAAGAUGCCACCCAGUUAUCUGGGGCUAAAGCUUCUCGAGGUAGAAAAGCGACAGCUACAGCAUUAGGUUCCUCAUAUGAUGCUUCAGAAACUGGUAAAGCUUCUACGAGAGGAAGGGGAAGGGGAAGGGGGAGGGGAAAAGGUGCCACGACUAUGAAGCAAACAACUCUUGACUCAUCUUUGGGCUUCCGACGUUCUCAAAGCAGAUCUUCAUCAGUUGCCGCUUCGGGCUCAGUUCGUAGUAUUGCAGAUGAUGAUGAAAAUGUUGAUUCUGCCUCGAGUGAUGAAGCAGAGGAGUAUGAAGUUCGGGAGGUUCUUGAAAGCUCGGGUGACGAUGAAAGACUCCAAGGAAAAAGUCGCAAACGUGCUGCACCAAGAGGUAGGGGGAGAGGUUCCACACAGGCCUCUAAGAGGGGGAAACAAUCAGGGAGCUCUUCACUUCAAAAAAUGCUCAUGGGUAAAGAUGAUGAAGACGAUGAUGAUGACGUACCGAAACUUUUUAACAAGUCUCAACCGAAGGUGACGAGAAAUUAUGGAGCUUUAAGGCGAUAAGAAGAUGCAGUCAUGCAGACUCCCUUAACUAACUCCCGUUGAAGAGAGACCUUGCCAGGAGCCAUUUCUCAAGAAGUACUAUGGAAAUUCGGCAAUGAAUACAGCGAUCAAGUUGGCGAUUUUCCCGUUGACCAAUGUAUAAUACAAUUUUGAAGUUUCUGUAAGAUAGCUGAUGGAAAUUUUCCUGUAAGUGGUUUUCCUGUAAGUGAAUGUAUAAUACAAUUAAAGGUCAGAAUCAAUUAGCGUAGGAUAUGGUCAUGUGUUAUUUACCCAUUAACUUUAACUCCAGAAUUGGGUACAGUUCAUGUGUUCCCUAGAAUAGAAAUGUGUGCAGCUUACUCCAUUGUCUGAGCUUGUUGCCAAGGUUUUGUAGCCGAGUGUCAGGUUGUGAACUUGUGAUGUGGAGACACUCAUCAGUUUUUCCAAGGCUGAGCACUUUAUCUACUGUGAAAUAGAAGAUUUUUCAUGAAUCGUUUUAUCAA